CGGCCACAGAUAAGCCGGUGAGUAAAAUAGCAAAAAAAAUGUAUUAAAGAAAUGAAAGGGAAUAACGUGUUCUUGGAUUAGUCUAUUAAACAGUAAGCAAGGAAGAGGCUGAAAACAAGAUUAAGAAAAGAAUAAAUAAAAACGUCUCUGGGUUGGUAAGCGGCAAAAUCCAGCUGCCAUGCCUAUUUGACUUCCUCAUUAGUUCAUGCUGAGCUCGUCUUCUUCUUCUUCCUCUCUCUCUCCAAAAGCUACUUUAAAUCUCUUUCUCUCUUAGUAAUGAAAUUGAGCAACCUCAACACAACAUGAAUAACUCUACACCAGUGAGGAGUUUGGUUUCAUCAAAGGCAAUGAAAUGUUUCUACUUCAGCAAAGAUAAACCUCAAGAUGGAGCAGCUAAGACGAGAAAGUCUGAUUCAUUGCAAGGAUCAGGGUCUGAGUUUAACUCAAGUACAAGUACUACAACUUCCAUCACUUCUUCCUUGCACGUCCUUUCCGAGACACACAGUAACAAUCUCAAAGUCUUUGCCCUCGAUGACCUCAAAACCGCUACCAAGAACUUCAGCCGGUCCUUGAUGAUCGGCGAAGGUGGCUUCGGUGGUGUGUUUCGUGGCGUGAUCCAGAACCCUCAAGAUUCUCGUAAGAAGAUUGAUAUAGCUGUUAAACAACUCAGUAGAAGAGGUCUUCAGGGGCAUAAAGAAUGGGUGACAGAAGUAAACGUGUUGGGAGUCGUGGAGCAUCCAAAUCUGGUGAAGCUGAUAGGUUACUGCGCUGAGGAUGAUGAGAGAGGGAUCCAACGGCUACUUGUUUAUGAAUACGUACCAAACAGGAGCGUUCAAGACCAUUUAUCAAAUCGUUUUAUAGUCACUCCUCUUCCUUGGUCCACAAGAAUGAAGAUUGCUCAAGACACUGCUCGAGGACUCGCUUAUCUUCAUCAAGGCAUGGAGUUUCAGAUCAUCUUUAGGGACUUCAAAUCUUCCAAUAUUCUUCUUGAUGAAAACUGGAACGCAAAGCUAUCUGACUUUGGACUGGCUCGUAUGGGUCCUUCAAAGGGAGUCACUCAUGUCUCCACUGCGGUUGUAGGAACCAUUGGUUAUGCAGCACCUGAGUACAUCCAAACAGGACACCUCACGGCCAAAAGCGACGUGUGGAGCUACGGGAUCUUUCUGUACGAGCUCAUCACAGGGAGACGUCCCUUCGAUAGGAACCGCCCAAGAAACGAGCAGAACAUCUUGGAGUGGAUAAGACCUCACUUGACUGAUAUCAAGAAGUUCAAGAUGAUCAUUGACCCAAGACUUGAAGGAAACUACUACCUCAAGUCGGCUUUGAAGCUGGCUGCUGUUGCCAACAGGUGUUUGAUGGUGAAAGCAAAGGCAAGGCCAACGAUGAGUGAGGUCUCAGAGAUGUUGGAAAGGAUUGUGGAGAGUUCAGAAGAGGUUUCUCCCGCUCUGCUGUUGGUGAAGAGCUUGACGCCUAAAGAUGCGUUUGAGGCGUCAAGGAGAGAGAAAGUUAAGAGAAGAUUUGUUGAACUUGUAACUGGGGUAAAUGGUUGUCCUAAUCUGCCUACUUGGUCUCCUAAACUUGUCACUUCUCUUUGAUUUUUGAGACAGAACAUAAACAAACCAAACAAACAACAACUCAGCGUUUGUGUUUGUGUU